UCUUCCACCUUCUAAUGUCUAUCAUCAUAUCUAACCAAACCUUCCUCUACAUUUCUUCUCUGUUUUUGAUUAUCCCUCAAAAAUGGCUUCUUCUUCAUUGCAAACAUCUUUCUUGACCAAACCAUCAAAAACAUCACUUCUUCCAAACCUCACUACCCUUUCCCACUUCUCUCCCCUUUCCUCAUUUUCUCUCCUCCACAAAAAACACUCCCCUAUCAAAACCCUCAAAAAGCUAUGCUCUUCCCCUAUAAAAGCUAGCACAACCACCCCUAAUGAAACCUCGAAAACGAAGAAAAAUGAUCAACGAGUCCAAAGAGUUCACAGCAUCGAGGAGUUCGACAAGGCGCUACAAGCCGCGCAGAACAAGCUGGUGGUGGUUGAGUUUGCCACGAGUGACAGCGAUCAAAGCAGCCAGAUAUACCCCUUCAUGGUGGAGCUAAGCCGCGCUUGCAAUGACGUAGAAUUCAUUCUAGUCAUGGGGGAUGAAUCCGAAUCAACUAAGGCGCUUUGCAAGAGAGAAAAGAUAGAGCAAGUCCCACACUUCACCUUCUACAAGGCCAUGCAGAAGAUUCAUGAAGAGGAAGCCAUAGGGCCGGAUCAGCUUGUAGGGGACGUGCUCUACUACGGCGAUAGCCACUCGGCUGUGGUGCAGCUGCACUCUAGGGAAGAUGUGGAGAGUCUGAUCAACGAGCAUCGCGGCGAUGGGAAGCUCAUUGUGCUUGAUGUAGGGCUCAAGCAUUGUGGACCAUGUGUUAAGGUGUAUCCAACUGUGAUUAAGUUGUCUAGGCAGAUGGAAACUGUGGUGUUUGCUAGGAUGAAUGGGGAUGAAAAUGAGAGUUGUAUGGAUUUUUUGAGGGCUAUGAAAGUUGUGGAAGUGCCCACUUUUGUGUUCAUUAGGGAUGGUAAGAUUUGUGGGAGAUAUGUAGGAUCUGGCAAAGGGGAGCUUAUUGGUGAGAUUCUUAGGUAUCAAGGGGUAAGGGUUACUUAUUAAUUAAGCUAGAGUUUGAGUAUAAAUUGUUAAUUAGUGACAUGCUAGAAAAUUGCAUACUUGGUGAUCCCCUUUUCAUGAAGGAUCAAAUACAAUACAUUUUUCUCCAAUUUGGUUGAUACAUGAUUGGAUAGUUUGCAUAUUGGAUAUUGUGGUAAAACAAAAUUAAUGUUGUAUUACUAUUAUAUUGCUUUAUCUUGUGA